UGCGUCCCGCACGGACCAAUAGUAAUGCGAGACUCAAGCGCGACACUUCCUUCACAGCUAGCUGAGUUCCAGUGUAUAAGAGCAAAGAGUUCUGCCUCAUUCACAAGCGGCCAAAUCUUUUCAGUCCUCUUUACCUCGUAAAAAGAAAAUCAUGCUAGGCGGAACCGCUGACUUGGGCGCCACCGGCACCAGCCUACCCAAUCAACCCUCUCAAGCCCCAACCCCAAAAUGCACCUCAUGUCAUAUCAACUUCAAAGAUAGACAAGAUCAGAAAGCGCACAUGAGAGAGCCAUGGCACGUAUACAACAUCAAACGCCGCAUCGCAUCUCUCCCACCACUAUCCCAAACCACAUUCGACCUCGAAUUCCGCAAAUCUCCCAAAGAGACCUCAUCUCCAAGCGACUCCCUCAGCGACUCCCUCGAGCCAAACGACUCAUCCACCGACGACCCCAACUCCGAUCCUCCAAACACAACAGUAUCAGCAUCCCCAACCGCCCCAACCCACUGCCUCUUCUGCCCCAAAGCAUUCCCCCCAACCACCCCCGGUCUCACAGAGAACCUGGAUCACAUGCGCGUAUCCCACGGCCUAUUCAUCCCCUCGCCAUCGCGUAUCACCGACAUGCCAACUUUCCUGAGCUAUCUCGCUACGGUGGUGAAAGAUUGGAAUGAAUGCCUGUACUGUGGCGCUGUGAAACACUCGACGUUGAGUGUGCAGAGCCAUAUGAGGGAUAAACAGCACUGCAUGAUUAAUCUGGAGCGCGAGCCGGAGAUCGCGGAGUUCUGGGAGGGUGGGAUGGAAGGGGUGCAGUGGGAUCGCGAGCGGGCGAGCGAGGAAGGGGAGAAGAAGGUUGUUGCGUCUCGUCUUCAUCAGAUUGAGGCUCCUGUGUCUUCUCCUUCUCCGUCUCUACCGACAGCACAGAAAAAGAAAAGGACAACACCCACACCGCCUCCCUCACACACUACAUCCUCCCCAGCCGCUACGCAAAAUUCCAGCAUAACCGUGCACCGGCACUCUUCUACCGCAUCAUCGUCUUCACCACUUCAACAACUUCAAUCGCUUGCUCAAUCCCGCUCGCACCUCAGUUUCCAGCUCCAAAACAUAACGCCGCACCAACAAAAAGCUCUGAUACUCGCCGAGAAGAAAGCGCAGCGUAGCCAAGACGCGGCCCGUCGAGCGCAGAGCUGGAUCCGUUCAAAGGGGGCGAAUACGCAGAAGUUUGAUCAGUUGGAUUGCACCAAGAUCGGGAAGAGGGGGAAACAGGAUCAUCGGCUUAUGCCUAGAUAA